UGGCUCAAAUUUCGAGCGAUCUUCUUAAGGUUUUCAUUGUUUUCCGUUGUAUAUUUCCGAAUUUGUAGGCUAAUGCUGUUGGACCUGAAGUUCGAAGUGAAAUGAUUAAGGAACAAAUGAGACAGAUUGGGAGAGAUGGUGAUUGUGCCAAAUUUAUGUAUCGUUUUGGUGUCAAACUUCGUGGUGAUCAAAACAACGUUCAAAUUGGUCUGCGUAAACUGCCGAUUAUUCAGUUUGGGAAUAAUCUUACAGCAAAUCCAAAUGAUAACGAAAGGGUUUGA